GCCGGCGCACAGUCAGUCACCAAUUCGAGCCAGUCGGUUGUAGUCAGUCGGUAUUAGACAAGCAGCUCCGUUCGCGGGGCCUCUCGCGCCUCGAUUCGCUCAACAUUUGUUCCUCAUUUUUACCUGUUUAUCGAAAAUUGCUUUUUUGAUUUUUGUUUUUGCGACGAUUUAUUUACUCGAGAGAUUUUCGGAGUGACGCACGAACUUAACAGUGAGUGCGCGGAGUGUCUCGAUAUCGAGUGCUGGAUGAAGACACUUGUCUGCUAUAAUAAGUGAUAAAGUGUCGGUUGCACAAGGGUUCAAGAGGUGCUCGAAACGGCUCUUGUUGGCGAUAUUCUAGAAGAAGCUACAGAAACCUGACUACGGAUGGUUAACGACGUAAUGAGCGAGUACGAACGAAUCAAGCGUUCGUGCUUGAAACGAGGUGAGCUCUGGGAGGAUCCAGAAUUUCCAGCAACGCAAGCAUCAGUCUUUUAUCACCAAACACCGCCGUUUCAAUUUCAAUGGAAAAGGCCGAAAGAAUUGUGCAAUCGGCCCAUCUUCGUCAGCGAUGCGCCAGCUCAAUUCGAUGUCAUCCCCGGGAAGAUGGGUGAUAAAUGGCUGGUAUCGUGUUUGGGCGUGCUGCAUCUUAGCAAAGGUCUAUUCUACAGGGUAGUACCAGCCGAUCAAGGUUUCGGCAGCGGUGGAGAACCGCCUGGCUCGCCGACCGCAGAAUACGCCGGGGUGUUUAGAUUUCGAUUGUGGUGGUGUGGCGCGUGGGUGGAAGUUCUCGUCGACGAUAGAUUGCCGGCAGUUCAUGGAAGACUGGCCUUUGUGCAGAGUCGCCAUAGCGAUCAGUUCUGGCCGGCGCUGCUGGAGAAAGCGUACGCCAAACUUCACGGUUCUUAUGAGGCACUUAAAUAUGGCACAUUAUUGGACGGUUUGUCCGAUCUCACGGGUGGUAUUACCGAAAGCAUUGCGAUUCGUCAAGAUCCCACAGCCUGCGGACGUGCACUAUCAAAACUUCUGGACAUGACCUCUCUCAUCACAUGUACAGUAAAUAAUAAUCAACAACAACAGAUACGUGCCAGCACGGAGAAACUCGCUAAUGGCAUACAAAUGGGAAUCAAUUAUAGAUUAUAUGCUAUUGAGAGGGUGGAAACAUUCGGAGGGGAAGCAGUGCAAUUAGUAAAAUUAAGGAAUCCUCUUGGACCUGGUGGAGAAUAUGUUGGUGCCUGGGCGAGAGGUGGCCUCGAAUGGGACGAAGUACCUGUAAUGGAAAGAGAACGAUUAGCUGUAAGAAAUAUGGCUGAAGGAGAAUUUUGGAUAUCCUAUUCCGAUUUCGUUAAGACAUUUACGCAUUUGGAAGUAGUGCAUUUAGAUGCUGAAACUUCGAGAGACGAGCCAUCGUUACACAGCAAGCACACUUGGCAAAUGAAAUUGUAUCAGGGAAGUUGGAGAAGAGGCGUCACUGCAGGAGGAUGUCGAAAUAAUCAAGAAACUUUUCAUAUAAAUCCACAACUGCAUCUUAUUCUAAGUGAGAUGGAGGAAGUGAUCGUUUCGUUGAAUCAGCAUUCUAUUAUGGAGCCAAAAGUGAUCGGUUUCACAGCAUAUACACUGCCGAAGAACAACACCGAAUCGAUAAACAAACAGUUUUUUAAGAAGAAUAAGUCCUUAGUUAAUUCCCAGUAUACGAAUAGUCGGCAGGUGAGCCACAGGUGUCAGCUCGAGCAGGGUGGUUACUUGUUGGUACCUACGACCUUCGAGCCAACUCAAGAAACGAGUUUUACGUUACGAGUCUACAGUAGUAAGCCUCUAAAACUCAAAUUAUUAGACACGCCGCCAUCCUUAAUAAAAUCGGCAAUUGUUAAGGCGCCUCCACUUGAAGGCAAGGGCUUUUCUCAAUACGAAGCCGUGUUUCUACAGCUUGCCGACGAACACAGAACCGUAAACGCUUUCGAAUUGCAGGAACUUCUAGAAGCCUGUUUACCAAAUGAUUACAUUAAAAGCUGUGCCUGUAUGGAAGUCUGCCGACAAGUAGUACUCACUAUGGAUAGUUCUGGAAGCGGCCGACUAAAGUUCAACGACUUUAAAGAUCUUAUGUGUAGCUUGAAGUACUGGCAAGCUGCUUUUAAGAAUCAUACGAAGGAAAAGACGGGUAUACUCAAGGCGGAGAGAUUGCGAGAUGCACUGUUGGAAGUUGGUUUUCAAUUAAACACGGACGUAUUAUCCAUCUUGAUUCUUCGAUAUAUGAGAAAAGAUGGAACUCUUCGAUUCGGCGACUUCGUUUCGGCGAUAUUACAUUUGAGCGACGCAUUUGGAAUUUUCGAGAGCAAGGAUCCUUUACAAAAUGGAACGAUAAAAUUAAGUUUGUCAGAGUGGUUGAGAUCGUCUCUGAUGUGUUGAAGUAUCAGUCAGCGUAGAUCAUGUGUACCUUGUGAAUCGUCUGUAAAUAACAUUCUCUUCAUUUCGACAUUAAAUAUAAGUUUUAGCCAUAUUAACGGUUAGCGAUUGUGCCUAUCGAAUAUUAUAUAUUUUGUAUAUAUAUAUAUAUAUAAUAAUAUCAUCGUUUUUUUACAUCGCAUUGAUCAUCAUUCCAUUAUGUAAUUAUUAUGCGUUAUUAAAGAGAUAUGUAUAAUACGUGGUUUUUUUUGUAAGAGAAUAUCGCAAUUGGCCAAUAAAAUUAAGUUUAUUUUACCUAA